AUGGAUAUGAUUUCAUUUUCGUGGGUCCUUCCCUGGUCUACGUGCGAUAAUGCGUGGAAUACUGCCCAAUGCUGGUCACCCAACAGCAAUACCACAGCCAAUGAACACUCUGUUAAUUCUGUCAUUGAAUUCUGGGAAAGAAAAAUCAUCCAGUUUAGCUGCCCUUUCCGUCGGAUACAAUGGCGAUAUAAGGACAUUAGUCGUCUGAGUGACCCCCAGGUGUGGAUAGACGCCGGCACUCAGAUAUUCUUCUCGUACGCCAUAGCGUUGGGAUGUAUGACAGCACUCGGCAGUUAUAAUGACUUUCAUAACGAUUUCUAUCAUCAACUAUUCUUCCUGUGUUGUAUGAACUCCGGGACCUCAAUGUACGCCGGGUUCGCCAUAUUCUCGGUGUUGGGCUUUAUGGCUCACGAACAGGGACUCACUGUGGGUCAGGUGGCAGAGUCCGGGCCGGGACUGGCCUUCAUUGCCUAUCCUCGAGCGGUGGCCCAAAUGCCCGGCUCUACCAUUUGGGCCAUACUUUUCUUUGUGAUGAUAAUGCUGUUGGGUUUGGGCUCUCAGUUCGUUGGUGUCGAGGGAUUCAUCACAUCUGUGGUCGAUAUAUAUCCACAGUAUUUACGUUACGGCAAAAGACGCGAAUGGUUUAUAUUUGGCACUUGUUUUGUCUCGUAUUUAAUCGGCUUAUUAAUGGUUACCAGAGGAGGAAUGUAUGUCUUUCAACUCUUUGAUUAUUACGGGGCGUCGGGUCUGUGUUUGCUAUGGUUUUGCUUCUUCGAGUCCAUUGUCAUCGGAUGGAUAUAUAGU